GACGGCGAGGAAGAGGAGGGGGAGCAGCAUGAGCAAGUGAGUGAGCGAUCAAGGGAAAGAGAGCGAGAGAGUGAGGGAAAGAGAGCGAGGACUCUGAAUUGUGAGUGGCUUACGACACUCAGUGAACAGAAGGCGCUUCUGCAUGCGCUGUCAGUGUACUGGUCUGCUGCAAGGGACUGCGCGCUCCUCUGCUUCCCCACAUUUGCCGCCCUGCCUGCCCACCAGCACCAGCCCUCAGCAGCCUCUUCCAGCUGGCGGAGAAGAGCACCCGGAGAGCGAGGGACUGAGCGACUCCUGCGAGCUACGAGGGGGGGGGGAUGCAAGCGGCGUCCUAACCGAGAAGAGCCACUGCGAUGACACGGAAUACUGUUACACAAGAAAACAGUGAACAGGGUUCACCUCUUUAAAUCCUUUUUUUUUUCUUCUCUCUCUCCCUUGUAUCCGUCACUGAAAGCAUGAUUACCCGCUUCAAUGGAUUUAAUUUAAUUUUUUUAUUGUCCUGAGAUGGACAAUGAUAUGUGCUGACAGAUCUGCUGAAACUUAAGCAGGAAGAGGAGGAGAAAAGAGCAAAAAAAAAAAGACAUUUAAAAAAUAUUUUUCCUCGGUCUUUUUUUCUUUCCCUGGUUGUCUCUUCUCCGCUCUCUGAUCAUUGCAGCAGAGGACUGCGGAGGAGCUAAAGAGACAGAGCUCAUGCAUACAGACAGGGGAACUUGCACUUCCUACCAUCUCGCUGAAAGCUACUUGAAUUCCUUCUCUUUCUGGCUCUUUCACUUGAGGAGAACUAAGACAUUGUAAGCCUGCCAAGGAUCUGGUGUCCACUGAAAAGAGAGAAGGGAGGGGGUGGGGGGAAUUUGUACCACAGUGGGGUCUUUUUUAGAUUCGCACAUAAUUAGUGUUGGGGCACAAAGCGAGAGGCUGAAUGGAGAUUGUCAGCUUUUGGAUAGGGGUGAGUAGGAAUCUUUUCAAAUAAGAUCUGUCAGUGGGGACAUUUUUUUUGGUCGUCCUCUUUACUCUCCACUGCUUGAUAUCUAACAUAAGCACAUAAGCUCUAUCCUUUGUAUUUUUUUUUUGGACAAGGAUUCCCUUGUUUGAUUAAAAAGAAUAUAUGUUUUCAAACAAUUAAAUAAGAUGUAAUAAAUAUGAUGUGAAGGUGCAAAAACAAUAUCCAGAGUGGUUCAAUGGACAUUUUCUCAGUGGCAUCCCUGGAUAUUUAUGCUAAUGGAUUUCCUUCUAAUUGGUCUGUACCUAAAGUGGCCACUGAAGAAGCCCCCUGGGUUGAUACUGUGUUCACUGGGCAUUUUUCUAAGAACGGUCCCCUUGGUAGAGGGGGUUUGUCCAAGGCUGUGCCGCUGCGACAGCAAGCUGCUGUACUGCGAGGGGCUCAACCUCACAGACAUUCCCCGCAAUCUGAGCAGUGCCAUGGGCCUGUCCAUGAGAGAGAACAACUUGACGGAGCUGCGUGAUGGCCAACUGGCCGGUUUGUCACAGCUCACCUGGCUCUACUUAGAUCACAACAACAUUGACAUUGUAGAUGAGGCUGCAUUUGACAGGCUAAGACGAGUGAAGGAGUUAGACCUGAGCAGCAACCGGAUUGAGAGUCUGCCAAACGGUACCUUUAGGCCCCUCCCAAACCUGCGUAUUCUGGACCUCUCAUACAACAGGCUGCAGGCACUGGAGCCCGACCUGUUCCACGGCCUUAGAAAGCUCACCAACUUGCAUUUACGUUACAAUGCUCUCAAAUUUGUGCCAGUGCGGAUUUUUCAAGACUGCCGGAGCAUGCAGUUUCUGGACUUGGGAUACAACCAACUGCAGAGCCUGGCUCGAAACUCCUUUGCUGGCCUCUUCAAGUUGACUGAGUUGCAUCUUGAGCACAAUGAGCUGGUUAAAGUCAACCUUGCCCACUUCCCUCGCCUCAUCUCUUUACGCACUCUAUACAUGCACAACAAUCGUGCCACUAUUGUUGUCAAUACCCUGGACUGGACAUGGCAGUUUUUAGAGAAGAUUGACCUGUCUGCAAAUGAAAUUGAGUACAUCGAGCCACAUAUUUUUGAGAGUGCACCCAACCUCAAGGUUCUAAUGCUUGACUCCAAUCGUUUGACCUCUGUGGACCAGCGUAUCCUGGAUUCAUGGUCAUCUCUGGGCAGCAUUACCCUGGCAGGGAAUGACUGGGAGUGCAGUCGCAACGUGUGUGCCUUGGCCUCUUGGCUGAGUGCCUUCCGAGGCCAGCGUGACAAUUCCCUGCUGUGUUCAAGCCCCGACACAGCACAGGGCGAGGAUGUGUUGGAUGCUGUCUAUGCUUUUCAGCUAUGCGAGGAUCCCCCAAUGGAGGUAACUACAGCAGGCCUGUACACCGCUACGAGGGAUCUGGCCCAGGGUGGCUCCGUGUUUCUGGGCCCAUUUACUCAAAACCCUUAUGACGGUGAGGGUAGUGAAGUGGUCACAAGUUCCUUCACCGUCACUGUGGGCCAUGAUGACCUGGAGAGCACCAUGCAGAUUCAUAAGGUGGUGACUGGCACCAUGGCACUCAUCUUUUCCUUUCUCAUCAUAGUGCUCAUGCUGUACGUAGCAUGGAAGUGCUUUCCAGCCGGAAUAAGACAGCUGAGGCAGUGCUUCAGCAGUCAGCGUCGUAAGCAGAAGCAAAAGCAAAGCAUGCAGCAGAUGGCUGCAAUUUCUACUCCGGAGUAUUAUGUUGACUAUAAACCUAACCACAUUGAGGGAGCUCUGGUAAUCAUCAAUGAAUAUGGCUCUUGCACUUGCCAACAACAACCUUCUCGGGAAUGUGAGGUGUGACCCUGCUUUGUGAGUACGUCUUUAGCUGUGAUUGUCUGGAUAUACAGUAAAUCCCUUUUUUUGGAUACACUGGGGAGGGGAAUAUUGCAGGACAGAAGGAUUAAAGGGAUCUUUUGGACAUUUUUUACACAGCAUCUCACUGUGAUGUGGAAGGAGUGUGCUUUAUGCAGCUGACUAUUUCAAGGUGGAUUUACUGCUACUGCUAUCCUCUCCUGAUUUGAGGCCACGGGGCAUAACGGGCACCUGACUCUUGGACCUGCUGAUGCUGUACGGAAAGGAGAGGAAUAUAUCAUGGGAAAUGAGGCCUUUUCCUCAUGGAUGGAUACUUGAGCUUUAAUGUGACUUUCUACUUCAGGACAUAUAAUUAUUGUUUGAAAACAAACUGGGGACAUAUACAUGAAGAAAAAAGAAAAACAAUCCCAUUUGUAUUAUGGUUAAUGGAAUAUUUGACAAGCAUCUAAAAUAUAAAAAAAAACAUGUUUAAGUUGGAUUAAAAAUGUACAAAUAUAAGUAUGUGUAAAAUAUGUUAAAAGAAGAACUGCAAGUGUGGACAAAAAAUGAUACAAGAUAAUCUAUUUCUUUUGUAAACUACAAAAAAUGUUUAAAUAAAUGAAUUGCUAUUCACAGUAAACUCAUUUGUACGUGAGCAGCCUGUCAGAGAGGAAGAAUGACAAUAGACACUCAACGUGCGCUCAUGGACUGGAGAUCCAUGUCUCUGCAGAACCAAAAAAUAAAAUGAAAUACAGAAAAAAAAAUGAAACAAACAGAGGGAUAUAUGCAUCUCAUCUCCAAUGUAAAAUCCAUGGUCCGAAUUUUAGAUCUCUUCUCUGUUUUAACUAUCAUAUUUGUUGUUUUAUCAUCCACUGUGUUGGCUCGCUAUCAGUGUAGUUUCUUUCCCCCCUUCCCAUUGCCUGUGUGUGAAUAGAUUCAAAUGGUCUAUUUCAUCUUUAUCACUAAGCAUAUUUUCAUAUUAUUAUAUCACUAUUUGUGUACCAUCCAAGUAAAGAAAGCAGAGUGUCUAAGAUCCAAAGCUAUGUCGCUCAUUGUUUCUCCCGCUAUGGCGUUCACAGAGGGGUGAUUCCUCCUUGCAGUCAAGCACACCGAAGACAACGAUCAUUGAAAUCAUGCUUCGUUAAAUCUGAACAUGAAUUGAACAGUGUCAGAACUACUAAGGCAAUGAUCCACCAGCUUAAAGGAUGUUGCACUUAACAAUAUUCUUCAUUGUGUUUUUGUGUGAUGUAAAAUGUUUGUUGAAUACAAGGCUAUCUUGGGGUCUCUCUCUCUCUCGACAUAUACAGAAUAUAUAUAUAUAUGUGUGUGUGUGUGUGUAGAGAGAGAGAGCGAGAGAGAGAUGUAUAGAUGUUCUUCUGGUGUUAAUUGUGUAAAUUAGUGCACUGACACUGACAUGAGCAGUGCGUUAUGUGAGGGGGCGGGGAAGUGAAUGUGAGGGAGAUGGAGGAUCACUACAACAUCAGAAAGAGGGUACAGACUGCUCUCUAGUGUGCAUAUUCUUAUACUGUGGCUGCGUUUCACCUGUUCUGCACCAUAUUCUGGCAACUUCCACAGCAGGGGCAAAAUCAGUACGGCGAAUCUGCAGCAGCUUUUCUGAAAAAUUAUUCAGUGCAUCGAUUUGCAUCUUUUUUUUGUGUUAUUUUGCGAUAAAUUAAGAUAAUGUUUACAACUUGUGAGUCAGCAGGAAUAAAAAAAGAAAAUGUU